AUGCCUGAGAGCGACGAAAGAAAAGAAGACGAAGAUGUGACCGUCGUCAACGACGAUUCGUUUUUGGCGAUUGGAGGAAGAAAAGGCCACGUUAUGGAGAUCAUUCACGGGAACGUGUUGCAGCUGUUUCGAUCGUUUCGAUGGAAGGCCAUUCCCCGAUGCACGGGUCGCUAUACGUGUCGUGACCACGAGCAGGUCUCCCACUUGACGCCACUGCAAAUGCUACAACACAUUCAGAGUGCAUCUUCUGCGGAUGGGAGUCCCGCGAAGCUACGGUUUGACGCUACGGAAUGGAAGAGUUGGAUGUUGAAAUUGCCUGGGAAAACAGACGAGCUGUGGGUUGUACCUCUGGACAGCGCGAACCAGACUGGGAUUAUAACGUACGUCAAAACGAAGGAAGUUCAAGAUCACGUCCCUGAACGGAUUGCGACUGAUCCAGCUGAUACGCUGAAUUCUAAAUGCUACGUGCACACGCUCAACACCGUGUCUGGGUUUCGACGCAAGUUGGCAGCACUCGGCCUACGUGUAAACGAGUUAAGCAUCGAAAUGGCCUAG